AUGGAGCUGGGCUUCGGGGACUUGUUGGACGAGUUCUUCGCCGCGGAUCCGGAAGGCAACGAUCUGCACCCUGCGACCAAAGAGGCUGUCCCACGGCUUCAAGCUGGGUUGCCCCGAGGUCGUCAUCCAGCCCUAGGACGUUUGCAGCAUCGCUUACAGCCGCGGCCAGCCACAUCACCUACACGGACUCGAGCUUCAACACCACCACCAGAGUUGGAAGUGCCGUCAGAGAUGGUUGCGGGCAUGGCAAUGGUGGGCUCGCAGGUGCUGCCACUCAGAGAAAUGCCAGAGGUGGUAGCGCCGACGGCGGCGAUGAAUCGAGCCCUGCGCGCCCUGUCGCAGCGUGCGGUGGAGGAGUUGGAGAUGCCACCGGUUGGGAUGUAUGCCUGGCAAUCUGAUACCGAGUCUUCCGAGUCCGGAUCAGCCUCUGAUCCGGACAGCGAGGUCGACACGGACUCGGUGACCAGCGACGGGCCGACGGAAGCGGUGGAUGAGACCUUGAGACUUCCAUCACCAUAUAUCUUCGCAUCUGGGCAGGACCGGACGGAAGAACGAAGUCAAGAACGAAAUGAACCAAGGAGGGAGCAACCUCACGUUUCGAGGUUGGGAGAGGCUAACUCCAUGGCAGAGGUACCCGCAGGAAGCAAGGUGGAGGCUCCCAAGGCCAAAGAUGCAGAGCCAGAGAAGAAGAAGAGCCCGUGGCUCGACGCUUGGCAUGACCCAGUUGCAGGCAUGAGCUGCUAUUCGUCUUUCCUAUGCCUAGCCGACCUCGUAGCGGAUGGCGACCACCGCUUGGUGAUGGUUGACAUGAAGAAGCGCAUUCGAAUGUACAAGGGCACCACCAUCCAGUGGGAGCACAAGCUGCCAGAUGUGCCCUGCGCCGUCCAAGCCUUUUACCACGAGGUAGGCAACCCACCCAUUCCAACGCUUGCAGUUGCGAGCGGUCACAGGGUCUUGAUCUUCCGGAAUAUGCGGCCUUCGAUGCAGUACCGGCUGCCACCCAUAGAGAUUGACCCUGUGGAAUCCCAGAUCUGGGAGGAGAUGGGCCAGGACUCCAGUGACAUCCAGGCUGGCUUCGAACGGCUGAACACGGCACGUGAAAACGGGGUGGCCCUGUCCAACCUCUCCAUCGAUUUCCUUGCUGUGGAGGAAUUAGAAGCGCAGACCGAAUACAUUCGCGCUCACAAGGAAUACUUGCAUGAGCAGCAGACCUCCAUCACAUGUACGGAGGUUCUGAAGCAAAACAUGGACGAGCCAACUGCAGUCAGCAUGUUGGUGAUCGGCACGGAGAACAGGAUGAUCUACAUUCUGGACAGCAACGCAUUGAACCUGGCAGCCAAGGUGAAGUUGGAAGCUGUACCCACCUUCAUCUCAGUGCUGGGGCUGUUUGAUGUGGAGUACAGGAUCACGGUGGCCUGCAGAGACGGGAAUAUCUACACUGUCAAAAAUGGACAGGUGCUCAGCAAUGUCAUCGAAUUGGAGACUCAGCCUGUGGGACUCGUCAGAUUUGACAAAAAUGUCUACGUCGGCUGCAUGGAUAACGCGUUCUUCUCAGUGCUGCGGUAUGUGAACUUGCUGGGCACCGGGCACGGGCCUAUGUCCUCUUCAGGUGGAGCACAGGUGCGAAUCAACGCACAAGUGCUAGGCAUGGGUCCGCAGUUCAAGAUUCUGGUGAGAAUCCAAAAUGCCGGUUCCACAUCUCUGAACGAUGUGCCCGUGCAUUGUACCACCAACCCGAAUCUGUACCGGAUACCCAAGCCGUGCUUCUUCCUGCCAAUCCUCGUGCCGCAGCAGGUCUACCUACUGGAGGUACCUGUGGCAUGCAUCAACGAGAACGGCGGGACAGCCUCGGUCCGAAUAUUCUUGGCCAGUCAGCACUCGCAUGUGCCCUUGAUUUCUGCAGUUGUUCAAAUGCCCAUCUCUGAGCCGCCGCUGCUGGACUUUUGA